GCUCCACGUAGUGAUGUACAGAACAGGAAGCAGGAACGUAGACCCAAAUGUUGACAAGUUCUUUAACAACUUUGUUCAUUCUUGGCAGUCAUCAGUGACUCUCUGCCGCAUUGGCCAGUGAUUUGCUUCGGGUGGAGGUUUUUCCCUUCGUUGUACAGAACGUUAAGACAGGUGGCGAGGAUGGCAGAGAAGGUCCUAGUGACAGGUGGGGGGGGCUACAUCGGCAGCCACUGUGUGGUGGAGCUGAUUGAGGCAGGCUUCUGCCCUGUGGUCAUAGAUAACUUCAGCAAUGCUGUUCGAGGAGAGGGGGAUGUACCAGAGAGCCUGCGCAGGGUAGAGAAGGUUCUGAACACCAGUAUCGAGUUCCAUGAGCUUGACCUGCUUGAUCGUCCUGGCCUGGAGAAGAUCUUCAAAAAGCAUACGUUUAGUGCUGUAAUGCACUUUGCUGGUCUGAAGGCUGUUGGGGAGUCUGUGAAACAACCCUUGAAAUACUAUCGUGUCAACCUCACUGGGACCAUUAAUUUGUUAGAGGUGAUGCAGGCUCACGGAGUACACAAUCUGGUCUUCAGCAGCUCGGCCACUGUGUACGGGGACCCCCAGCGCCUGCCCAUAGACGAACAGCACCCUGUGGGGGGCUGCACCAACGCUUACGGCAAGACCAAGUACUUCAUAGAGGAGAUGAUUAUGGACCAGUGCAGUGCUGAGAAGGACUGGAAUGCGGUGCUGCUAAGAUACUUCAACCCCAUUGGAGCUCACUCCACUGGGGUCAUAGGAGAAGACCCACAGGGCAUUCCCAAUAACCUGCUGCCUUACGUAGCCCAGGUUGCUAUUGGGAGGAGAAAACACCUAAAUGUGUUUGGGAAUGACUACAACACUGUUGAUGGAACAGGAGUAAGAGAUUACAUCCACGUUGUGGAUUUGGCUAAAGGACACAUUGCCGCUCUCAAGAAACUGAAGGACAACUGUGGAAGCAAGGUAUAUAACCUGGGAACAGGUACAGGUUACUCUGUGCUCCAGAUGGUCAAAGCAAUGGAGAAGGCCUCAGGGAGACAGAUCCCCUACCAGUUUGCACCCAGAAGAGGUGGAGAUGUAGCAUCCUGCUAUGCUGACCCUGGUCUGGCUGAGAAGGAGCUGGGCUGGAAAGCUGACUUUGAUCUGGAGAGGAUGUGUGAGGACCUGUGGCGCUGGCAGUCGAAGAACCCUUCUGGAUUCCUCAACAGCCCAGCUUCGUGAUGUUACUCACCAGCUUACAACAGUGGCCAAAGCAAAUCAUGACGUUGUUUUUAUAUUAUAAAACUUAGAGGGACCUCAAGACAAAAUGAAUGAUUACAUGGCAUAAUGUUUGAGAUUGUCUGAAAAUGCCAGAUCGCUUUGCUUCUAAUUAUUGCUUUCUUAAUGAAACAUACUAUAGAUCAAUCUCUGUUCGUCAUUUUACUGUACAGCCAUACAAAUUAAUUGUCAUCACACAAGCCAUAAUAUGAACACAAACAAAUAUAUAUAUAUUAAAAUGACUAAAUAUU